GAAAAAAUAACGUACAUGAAUUUACUUUUCGCAGAGAGUCUGAAAUGUCGCUGUCUGACGGCGGUGCCUCGGACGACGAUAUGUCCCUGACGGUACCCAUAGAGGGCGGUCACGGUGGGAGCAUCCGAAAGGGAUGUGAUCCUCUCGCUCAGACUCAGCGCAGUAAACUGCAGCACAGGCGAGCUCGCAUCAACCAGCAGAUCAACAAGGAGAUGCGUAUGAGAGCUGGAGCAGAAAACCUGUUCAGGGCGACAACCAACAACAAGGUGAAGGAGACAGUUGCUCUGGAGUUGAGCUUUGUCAAUUCCAACUUGCAGCUGCUGAAAGAAGAACUGGAGGAGCUCAACAGCAACAUGGAGGCCUACCAGACAGACAGUGAGGCUGUGAAUGUUCCAAUGAUCCCGCUCGGCUUAAAAGAAACCAAAGACGUGGACUUUACACUUUCUGUCCAGGACUUCAUCUGUGAGCACUACGGAGAGGACAGCUCUCUGUACGACAAGGAGAUCAAAGAGCUUAUGGAGCUCAGACAGGCUAUGCGUACACCCAGUCGUAACCAGGCCGGCCUUGAGCUGCUGAUGGAGUACUACAACCAGCUGUACUACCUGGACCAGCGCUUCUUUUCUCCACACAAGAACCUCGGUGUUCAGUUCCACUGGUACGACUCUCUCACGGGUGUCCCGUCGAGUCAGCGCGCGUUGGCUUUUGAGAAAGGAAGCGUCUUGUUCAACAUUGGUGCUCUGUACACACAGAUCGGAGCGCGGCAAGAUCGCUCUGAAGCUGCCGGCAUUGACCGAGCUAUCGAUGCCUUUCAGCGAGCGGCAGGUGCAUUUAAUUACCUUAAGGAGAAUUUCUCCAAUGCCCCGAGUCUGGAUAUGAGCAGUCCAUCGCUCUGCAUGCUGGUGCGGCUCAUGAUUGCCCAGGUGCAGGAGUGCGUCUUUGAGCGCGUCACUCUCACGACGCAGGACACCACGAACUUCACUUCCCAACUUCACUUGGCACAAGAGGCUGCACGGGUGUCGGACGUUUACCUUUUAGUGCAGCAGACCAUGACGCAGCCUCUGAUGAAGGACUAUGUGCCGUUUUCAUGGGCGUCCAUGGUUCAGGUCAAGUCGGAACACUUCCGCGCACUCUCGCACUACUACACCGCUGUCGCGCUUUGUGACUACAUGUCAUCUGCUGAGAAGGAGGAGGAGGAGGAGGAGGAGGAGGAGGAGGAGCAGGAAGGGGACGAACAUCAGCAGCAGCACGAGGAAGAGGCAGAGAAGGCUUUCCUCCAGUUGUAUGUCAGCACUCCUGCAGCACCCUCACUCAGCCAAGUUCUACAAGACCCUGAAAAGAGACAAAAACUUGGUAAAGCUCACCUGCGGCGCGCAGUGAUCACACACGAGGAAGCCAUGCGUGUGCACAGCCUGUGUAAGAUCCUGAGGAAGAUGGACAUCCUGCAGGACGUGCUGUCUCUCACACACAAACGCUCUUUGGACAAGUACUCGGAGCUGGACCGAGAGGACGACUUCGAUGAGACCGCCGAGCCUCCGGAGAUACAGUCAGCUCAAACGGACCAGAAACCAGACAUCACUCCACCCGAUUUCUCUAAAAUCCAAGUCUCUGACAUCUUCCAAAGACUGGGGCCUCUGUCCGUUUUCUGUGCACGGGCUCGCUGGGGCCCGGAGAGAGUGAUCUGCCUGCAGAGAAGAGAGGGCAGCCUGGGCCUCACACUGAGAGGAGACUCCCCCGUCUUGGUGGCAGGAGUGGUGCCCGGAGGCUGUGCAGCGGAGGCAGGACUGAGGGAAGGAGACUACAUCGUAGCAGUGGACGCACAGGACUGUAAGUGGGCCAAACACAGUGAGGUCGUCCACAUGCUGAAGAGCUGCGGCGACGGAGGAGCGGAGCUGAGUGUGGUCACUUUACACUCACAUGACACACAGCAGGUGGAGAGGAGAGCCAUUAUGCUUUCCCACUGCAGCGAUAAAGAAAACUCUCGCCAGCAUCUGUUGGGCGGCGCAAAGGGACAGAGCUCCGCCUCCCUGCUGAACUGGCACAGGAAGAAGAAGAGGGAAGGCAGCGCGGUUACCAAGAGAUUAGGGAGCACUUUCAGUUUGUCGUUUGGAAGCAUCAGAGACACUGAGGCCAUGUACUGAUACACAAGAACAGAGGAUGCCCUCAGGGAACCACAGCGGUGGAGCACAGGUACAGUGGAGGCUGUGCACAGACUCAUGGUACCUCAGUCUGUUGGUCAAUCAGAUUAACGCAAGCAUCUGUACCAGGUAGCAUUUUUUUAAAUACAGAAAAAACCCAAACAACUGUAAAUGGAUGCAAGUGUAUCCCGGUGUAUCACAAACUGAGUCUAUGUGUAUCACAGUCAUGCUGGUGCCCCCUGAUUCUAUUACUGCUCAGUCAUUUUGAGACAAAAACUGAGCUUGAGAAGAAAACUGCAGGAAUUGAACUGAACAAGUUCUGAGUCUACGAUGAGCUGAUUCAACACUAAGAGCCUGGAGUGUAGUCUGAGCUGCACAGUGGGCACUGUGAUCUGUCUGGUUUACAAACACUUUGUUGCCUUUAACAGUGUUAACCAGAUUCUAACUAGAAAACACAAUUGUCAAUUGUUUUUUAGAUGUACAUCUGAUCUGAAUUAUGUUUUUAAGCCCAAUUGUUUAAGGAAAAAAACAGACCAUCGUUAUGUUGUAUGAUGAAAACAUACGCUAUUUUUCUAACCCAGUGACAUUGACUUAGAAAACAAAAAUGUACAGUAUUUUACCAGGGAAGUGUUGUCAAUGUUCCCUUGCUUGAACAGGAACAUUUUAGUGAAAGCACCUUUACAGUAAAGUAUGUAGCAUUAAUACAGGAAAUGAAGGUAAGGCAGAAUGUUACUAGAGAGAUGCUUUCAGAAGUCAAGGCUCAAGUGAAAACAAAACUCAUGGAUCCACUCGUUUAUCUGGACCUCCACAAAACAACGUGGAGAUUGUUUCAGUAUUUCUUUUCCACUCAUGAGAACAUUACCUCUGUGGCCAAGGUAACGACAAAGUAGCACAUUUAUUGUGUCUUACUGUGAAAUAAUUACAGAAAGAUUUGUAAGUAUAAGUAUUUUUUUUUUCUGGAUUAGAAGAAGCAUGUCAGACUGGUUUGGUAGUUGUGUUGUUUUUACUGCCUAAAUCAGCCACACAGUGAUCAAUAAUCUGUCUGUUUAAUUGAAAUAAUGAGUGAGUGUUGUUCAAGUCCAGCCACUGUACAUGUACAGUAUGUUACAGUCAGCCAAUUCUAGGAAUGAGGAGGUUAGUUUUAUUCAUAGUGUUGUUUGAAUAUGUUUGUGUGAUUUUUGAUACAGAUAGACGUGUAGCACGUUGUUGUUUGGUGUAUUUUCCUGUUUUGUCUGUACAAUGCUUUGUGCCAUGGACGUCCAUAGUUAAAAAAAGUACAGGAAGCCAGAUGUGAUGUGAACUAUGUUACUAAUCGUGAAGUUAAUCACUGAUUUGAAGGAACUCAAGAUAGAAACGACACACUUUCUUAAAUGCUCUCCUCUCCUCUGGCUUUCUGUACUACUACUGUGUGUGUGUGUGUGUGUGUGUGUGUGUGUGAGAGAGAGUAAAUGUUUGAUAAGGCUGUUGUGAGUAGGAGUUUUUUCACUGACCAUCCCUAAUGGGGAUUUGCACAGUAUUUCUUUUCAUAUUUGAACACAAUAAAAGUGAAAAUUGAAUAA